GGACUAAGGAAUAAGGACUAACUUAGUCAUUAGGUGGUGAGAAACACAGCUCCAAAUGAAUGAUAUAAUUGUUAUGUGAUAAUAGUAAUACUGAGAUGGCUGGGUUGUUUCUAGUGCUGCCAAGUGGCCAAAAAAAAUCUGUUCAGUAAUUGCUGGUUUAAUUAAACACAUAGAGACCCAGUGUAUGUUUAUGUUUCUUCUUGGCUACGCCCCUGGAUGGAGUGGCUAACUCAGCUGGCAGCAGUGCAUGUGAUCACAUUCAACAGCGCACAUGAUUGGAAAGUUUAUUCAUUUUUGGUCUGAUGAGAGGGACCCGUUUGGCAACAGAUUUUGAGUGACAGCAGAGGGGGGUUUAAUUUUUUUUUCCAUCACUGACUAACCCACUUUCUGCGCAUGCUUUGAGUCCUGAUCGAGGUUUCCCAUAAAUGUAGUUUAUGCCCUGCAGAGAGGGAGAGAGAGAUAGAGGGAGAGAGAGAGAUAGAGAGCGCGCUCCUCCUCCUCCUCCUCCUUCUCUUCCUCCUCCUCCUCCUCCUCCUCCUCCGUGUCUUUCCACCACUCACCUCGACAAACCAAGAAGCGCUUUGAGAAAUAACCAAACCUACGACUUGUCACUAAACUGCGCUGGAAGAAGGUCGCGUUUUGUGGAUGGAUCGUUUUGAAUCGAUGGUGGAUGAGCUGAAGUCAAGCUGGUUGUGAAGGUGCUGGACUUGGUCUCCCCUACGCCCCAAGCCGGACACAACAUGGCGGCGGGAGUAGCGGCAUGGCUUCCCUUUGCCCGGGCAGCAGCGAUUGGCUGGAUGCCUGUGGCCAAUUUGCCCAUGCCAGUGGCGCCCGCUGAGAAGAACAAGAGGCAGGAUGAGCUCAUCAUUCUUAAUGUCAGUGGACGACGCUUUCAGACCUGGAGGAACACGCUGGAUCGCUAUCCAGACACCCUACUGGGCAGCUCAGAGAAAGAGUUCUUCUACAAUGAGGAGACCAAAGAGUACUUCUUUGACCGAGACCCUGAUGUAUUCCGCAGCGUGCUCAACUUCUACCGCACAGGCAAACUCCACUAUCCUCGCUAUGCGUGCAUCUCUUCAUAUGAGGAGGAGCUGGCUUUCUUUGGUAUUAUCCCAGAGAUCAUUGGAGACUGUUGCUAUGAAGAGUACAAAGACAGAAAGAGGGAGAAUGCAGAACGUCUGAUGGAUGACCAGGAGGACAACAAGGAUGCUAAACUGCCCAACAUGACCAUCAGGGAGACCAUGUGGCGGGCUUUCGAGAACCCCCACACUUCCACUAUGGCGCUUGUCUUCUAUUACGUCACUGGCUUCUUCAUUGCUAUCUCUGUCAUCACCAACGUGGUGGAGACGGUGCCCUGCGGCUCAGCACCCAAUCAGAAGGAAGUGCCAUGUGGUGAGCGCUACACAGUGGCCUUUUUCUGCAUGGACACAGCCUGCGUAAUGAUCUUCACUGUGGAGUACCUGAUGCGUUUGUUUGCUGCUCCCAGUCGUUACCGCUUCAUGAGGUCUGUCAUGAGCAUCAUUGAUGUAGUGGCCAUCUUACCUUACUACAUUGGCCUGGUGAUGACUGACAAUGAGGACGUGAGUGGCGCUUUUGUGACACUCCGUGUGUUCCGUGUGUUCCGUAUCUUUAAGUUCUCCCGUCACUCGCAGGGCCUGCGCAUCCUGGGCUACACUCUGAAGAGUUGUGCCUCAGAGCUGGGCUUCCUGCUCUUCUCCCUCACUAUGGCCAUAAUUAUCUUUGCGACCGUCAUGUUCUAUGCAGAGAAGGGUUCAAGCUCCAGCAAAUUCACGAGCAUCCCAGCUUCCUUCUGGUACACCAUCGUUACUAUGACAACGCUUGGAUAUGGAGACAUGGUUCCCAAGACGAUUGCAGGGAAGAUAUUUGGUUCAAUCUGCUCUCUGAGUGGGGUGCUGGUAAUUGCCCUGCCUGUCCCUGUCAUCGUGUCCAACUUUAGUCGCAUCUAUCACCAGAACCAGAGAGCAGACAAGCGCCGGGCACAGAAGGUACAGAAAGCCCGCUUGGCCAAGAUACGAAUAUCCAAGACAGGAAACUCCACUCCCUUCCUCCGUAGCAAGCGCAACGGCCUGUUCAACGAAGCUCUGGAGCUCACGCAACUUCCAUACAAGAUGAACCUUUCAGAUCAGAGUUCCACUGAAGAAGAGCAGCGGUUAAGCAAGUCUACCUCUCUGUUGGAGAGCCAGCACCACCACCUACUGCACUGUCUGGAGAAAACCACUAACCACAAGUUUGUGGAUGAGCAGUAUUACCAGCAGAGCUAUCUGGAGGCAGGGCUGCAGAAUUACCCAUCUCGAAGCCCCUCUCUCUCCAGCCAAGAUGGUGUGACGGGCACAUGCUGCACCCGCCGAAGCAAGAAGCACCACACCCCUUUACCGAAUGCCAGUGCCCCAGCACACAUACAGCCUUUGACACAUACGCACACACACCAACGAGGUUUGCAGGAGCUCAGCACCAUUCAUAUCCAGCCCCUCAGCACCAGAAUGGGCUGCAAAACAUUUCAGGAGGAGCUGCAAACUACAGCAUGUGAACCUACAGAGAUGGGGUUUGACACUCCGCUCCAGUCUGAACAUGCGCGUGGACGAGGCAGCACCCUUGAACUGCCAGAGCAGCCAGAUCACCACAGCAAUCAUCAGCAUUCCCACACCCCCGGUGACGACUCUUGAAGGCGAUGCUCAUCUGUCCGCAGGCCCCACCCAACAGAACAUUGUGAAGGUGUCCGCACUGUGAAGACUAGAGUGCAGGCAUGUCACACAGAAAGACAGAUAAAGACUUAUCAAGACAGACUGAGGGACAGAGGACUGGUAAUGAUGGAGAAAUCCUAGUCUGGCUGUGGUGGAGCUUGCCCUCUGCUGGUCAUAUACUGUAAUGACAUGGGCUCCCUGCACAGACAGGAUGGCUUUUACAUACAGCAUCUUCAUGUUAGUGGUCGGAUGGCAUGCAUGCAUGCACGUAUGAGAGUGUGUGUGGGUGAAAAAGUGUGGAAUAUGUGUAGGGAGUCAUUUCAGAUGAGGGGGCGAGUGAGAGUGUGCCUGUGCAUCAGAGACUAGUUUGCAGGGUAAGUCAUGCGUCACCGUCCACCUUCUUAUGAUUUUCACUUCAGUUUGACUCUUCUGAUCUUUUUUAGCAGGAGAUAUAAGGGAAAAGGAAAAAAUACACAAAGGGAAAGGGGAAAAAAAACAGAUAAUCAAAACUUUCCCCAUUGAUUUAACCUUACCCUUUUGUUUUGUGUCAUUUUGGUCCGCUUUCACUCUUAGCGCCACUGUUCUUUUUCACGUCCAAUAUUAUUUGACUUGAGUGAAAAUUGUUUAAAAGGUGAAAUAUUAUAGGUGUGUCCGUGACGGCAUUACCAAUGAGGUUCAUAUUUGAGCGUAUAUGACUUCUUACAACAUAGAGGCUUUGUGACGUUUUGGAUGUGAGGUGUGUGUGUGGGUGCGAAUGUGUUUGUGUCAGCUGAUUGAAAACUUUACUUUCUUCUGGAAGUCUCUGUUGCUCCGAAUAUGGUAUAUUUGACUAGCUGCCACUCUGAAGGGUUCAUUGCACAUAUUUCUAUCCGAAAUUCUCAGCUGCAAGCCUUUUACACAAUAUGUGCCUGUUUUACUGGAGAGAAAAAAAGAUUUGUCUUUAUAGCUUUUUGAUUCCCCGUUCUUUUCCUUUUUCGCUCCUUCAGCCCAACGGACCUCAAAGAAUUCAAUUCUCUAACAUAAACCAAAAAAAGUACGUUUUCAAUUCAGACCACUAGAAUUAAAAGCACAAGGCAUUUGCUGAGAAUUUCUGACCUGAAUUUGUCCUGAGCCCAGGUUCUUUGUGAAUAUUGUUAAUAGAAUAUUUUGUAAUAUUUGACCAUUGUUUGGCAGAACCAGUGAAGCUGUCCUCUCGUCCUCUCUCCCUCACUCUGCCUUUCUCUCUUCCUCACUGUCCUCCUUCUGCAUUUCUCUCUCUCUCUCUCUCUCUCUCUCUCUCUUGUUGUCGUCCUGUUGUAUCCCUACCUCCUGUGUGAACAACAGUAUGCUUUCAGUAGUCUUUAUAGCUGUCAACAUUUUUUCUUCCCCAAACUCAGCGGGCAUUUUUCAACAUCGAGUAUGUGUACUCUACGUGGUUAGGAAACUUGGUGUUUGUACUUUAUGUCCUCCUUGGUGUUUCAAAGGAUUUUAUUUACUUUAUCUUCUGGAGAAGGUAAAGCAGGUAUGUCUGUUGUAAUGGUGACCACAGAGAAUCGGAGGACACUGGACAAGCCCUCCAUGGAUCUGUCACUAAUUCUGUCUUCUUUCAGCUCACAGACCUGCUGUGUAACUUUAGUGUUACUUAUCAUCAAAUCCUAUCAAACCUGACCUUUGUAACUAUGGACGGUGACCUUUUAGCUCCGAUAACCGCCUAGCUGAUGCCUCUGUUGGCUUUUUUCAUCUUGAAUGUCACAGCAGACUAAGUAUCCACUUCUUAGCCACAUAGAUGAAGCAAAACAAUGAUAAAGAGCACACACAGGGCUAGAGAUGCACAAAUAUAUCAGUAUACUCUCCAUAUCAGCCAAGAGCAUAUUUCAAAAGCAAUACCCCCCCCAAGAAGAAGACUAUAUUUAAAACAACUGCCAAACUAGCAGCAAAAUGUUUUUUUUCUAAGUAAAAUUUUUAAUUACCUAAAGAUGAAGACAUCUGAAAGCUUUUUACACAUGCAUUUUUACUAAGACUUACAAUCAACGCAUAUCAUCAUAUCAGCUCAUAUAGGUGGAAAUAUAUAACAUUUAACAUCACUGCACGAUACCCUAAGGUCCCUCUGACUCCUCUGUUGUGCAUUAGUUCUCCCUGAUCUCAAAGUUAGUACAACCCAAAGAAAGGCAAAACUUGGAACAGGGUGGGUGUUCCUCAUAUUCCUAAUAGUGAGCUAGUACUACUGCUGGUAAUUUAGUACAGCACACGGUGACAACAGCCGCCAAGAUCUUAGUAUUUAUAUUUAGUGAAACUGCGCAAAUUACCUGGAGUAAAUAAAAAAAAAAAGAACAAACAGGCAGAGCUUUUUCACUGUAAUUGCUAAAGUGGCGUUAAAGACACUGAUGUCAUAUUCACAGCAUCAAGUCCAACAUUUCUAAUUUAUAGAAAACAACAACAACAUAGGUGAUGGCAGAUGUUUUUUGUUGCUAGGACAGUGAUUAAAUGUGAUUUACUUCAUGCCUUCAAAACAGGUCUUUUUGUCUCAGCUGCACUUUCAAACUCGCACAGUUUGAAUCAUCGUGUAAGCAUAUUUCCACUCAAAGUGUCAAAGGAUUGCUUUUUUUUUGUUGUUCCUUUUUACCAACAAGAAAAACACAGGUCUGUGAUUGUGUUUGUCUCUCUUUUCUAUGUAUUCUUUGAUGGUCUUUUUUCUGGGCUCAGUCACUUUUCCUCUCACUCUUUGCUUUGCCCUCCUAUGCCACCUGUUGUUGUUGAGAUUACUGCUGUGCGUAUCUUGUCAGGUGUUGGAUAUUAUUUAUGACCUUGUCUUGUGUCCCGACUGUGAAACGCCCGAUAAAGCAUCUGUAUCUGCCACAAAUACAAAAUCUGUGGGCUCUCUUCUUCACCUGCCUCUAAAUUACUGUGUGUGUGUAAACGCAAGUUAGUGGCUUGUGUUUGUUUUAAUUUAACAGUAUUUGGCAUUUUCAGUUCACAAAGGUGUAGUCCAUGUGACCCAAAUGUUUAUUAAGAACACAGAACCUCUCAGUUUUAGUGGACAUCCUGGGAAAGGAGGAGGAGAGGAUCUUGUGGAGUUCAGAGCGAAACCGUCUGGUGACUAAAGAGCAGAUGAGGGGAUCCGUCGCAGCCCGCACACACGUCGGCACAACAACUGAUGCAUCCAGCUCCACCGGCAACUGUGGGAAACAGGAGAGAGCUUGGAAUGGUGCAAAGUGACAAUACCAUUCCGAAGUUCUUCACCCAGAAGCUACAGAAUGAGGUAGGACGGCAGUUCAUUGAUGAUUAAAUUACUUUUUGAUUAGUCUAAAUUGUCAGAGAACAGUUAAAAAAAAAAAAAGGUGACAUCU